AUGUCCCUCCCUCGUCAGCUCAGGGAUGAGAGUGACUAUGAACAACUGCCGGGAGAUGUUGCAGUCUCUGCCCACAUUGCUGAUGUUGAGGAGAGAAGUGGGUUCACAGUAUAUUAUACAUUUGUCAUUGAGGUUAAAACAAAAGGAGGCAGUAAGUAUUUUAUAUACAGAAGAUACAGCGAGUUCUUUACUCUGCACUCUAAGCUAGAGCAGAAUUAUGGACCAGAGAAUGGAGCUGCACCAUACAUUUGCUCCCUGCCCCCUUUGCCAGCAAAGAUUUAUGUUGGAAACAAGAAGGAUAUUGCUGAAGGUCGCAUCCCCCUUCUCAAUGCAUACAUGAAGGUAUGGUUG